AAUUGUUCACGGUGCCAUUGAUUAGCUCCGUAGUCAAAAGUUUUGAGUUGGUCGCCAUUAAGCGAAAUGGUUCUCCUUGAUAAGAUGUGGGACGAGGUCCUCGCCGGACCUCAGCCUGAGAGGGGCCUAGGCAAGCUGAGGAAGGUGUCUCCCAAGCCUUUGUCCAUCAAAAAAGGGGAGAGCAGCAGCGAUGGCGCAGGCAAGUUCCAGCGGUCGAUAUCUCUACCUCAGACGCCGACCACUCCGGUGACGGCCUCCAGCUACUCCCCCAACCGGAGGCAGGGCAACUUGUGGAGGAGCGUCUUCAACCCCGGCAGUAGCCUCGCCACAAAGACUCUCGGAGCUCACUAUUUCGACAAGCCUGAGCCCAACUCCCCCACUGUCUACGACUGGUUGUACAGCGGUGAGACGAAGAGCACCCACCGUUGAGCUUUAUAUAGCUACUGUAGAUUGAACUGUCACGUACGUAGAUCAAGUGAAUACAAGUUGUGAACUGGAAGGAGAUGUGGAGAGCUAGAGUACUACGGCUCAAAACUUUAAUUUGCUGGUUAAUUUAUGUCGUUAUCUUGAGUGUUAGGUUGCGAAUAUAUUCGGUUUGAUCAGAGUAUGGGUGUUUGGAGUUUAUGUUGUUCAUAUGUGAUUCUGGCUUCGUGUAAACACGAGUGUUCAUAAACAAAACUACUACGAGCGGUGCGAACUUCUUCUACUGAA